AUAUAGGCAGACACACUGCAACUCAAACCGGAUCGUUAAGGAGGCUGUCGUCACGUCGGGCUCGGUUCGGCUGAUUGAAAGUGCACCAGGUCUUGCAUUCUAAGAAGGCACCAUGUCCCAGUCUAAAGGUACAGUGGUCUUGGCUUACAGUGGUGGGCUGGACACCUCCUGCAUCCUGGUGUGGCUGAAGGAACAAGGCUAUGAUGUCAUCACCUACCUGGCAAACAUCGGACAGGAUGAGGAUUUCGAAGCGGCUCGCAAGAAGGCGGAGUUCCUCGGGGCUAAAAAGGUCUUCAUUGAGGACCUGUGCAAGGAGUUUGUGGAGGAGUUCAUCUGGCCUUCGGUCCAGGCCAACGCGAUAUACGAGAACCGCUACCUGCUGGGCACCUCCAUCGCCCGGCCCUGCAUCGCCCGCAGGCAGGUGGAGAUCGCCAAGAGGGAGGGGGCGCAGUACGUCUCCCACGGAGCCACCGGGAAGGGUAACGAUCAGAUCCGUUUUGAGCUGACCUGCUAUGCGCUGUACCCAGAAGUGAAGAUCAUCGCUCCGUGGAGGAUGCCCGAGUUCUACAUGCGGUUCCAGGGCAGAAACGACUUGAUGGAAUACGCACAGAAACAUGGCAUACCUGUGCCAGUCACCCCCAAAUCUCCCUGGAGUAUGGAUGCCAACUUGAUGCACAUCAGCUAUGAAUCUGGUAUACUGGAGAAUCCUAAGACUCACGCCCCACCCGGCAUCUUCCAGAUGUCAAAGGAUCCCGAAGUGUCUCCCAACACGCCCGACGUCCUGGAGAUUGAGUUCAGCAAAGGAGUCCCAGUGAAAGUGAUCAAUGUUAAAGAUGGGAAGUCUGUCGACUCUCCACUGGGGAUGUUCCAGUACCUCAACACUGUUGGGGGGUCGCACGGAGUGGGCAGGAUCGACAUUGUGGAGAAUCGGUUCAUUGGCAUGAAGUCGCGAGGUAUCUACGAGACCCCGGGCGGGACAAUCCUCUACCACGCUCACAUGGAUAUCGAGACCUUUACCAUGGACAGAGAAGUGAGGAAGAUUAAACAAGGGCUGUCUGUUCAGUUUUCUGAGCAGCUUUACAACGGUUUCUGGUACAGCCCGGAGUGCGAGUUCAUCCGCCACUGUAUCGCAAGGUCCCAGGAGAGCGUGGAAGGGAAGGUUCAGCUCUCUGUGUUCAAGGGGCAGGUGUACAUCCUGGGCAGAGAGUCCCCCAAAUCUCUGUACAACGAGGAGCUGGUCAGCAUGAAUGUGCAAGGAGAUUAUGACCCGUGUGAUGCAUCAGGAUUCAUCAAAAUCAACUCUCUCAGACUAAAAGAAUACCACCGUCUGCAGAGCAAAGCUGGGAAGCAGCAGUGAAAACAACGCCGGGGCUGUGACCGGCCUGGGCAACAGAAUUGUGCUGAGCAAAGUGGGAAGUCAAUUGAUGUCUUUGUAAAAAAAAAUAAUAAAUAUAAGUAACACGCAA